GUUGUCGAGAGACCAAAAGUCAUCAACCUCUCGCAUUCUUUUUUGGCUAAAAAUUUAAUGAAGCGGUAAGGGAGUGGAUGAGUCCAAUCCUUUCUGAGUUGUGAACGAGUGAGCGAGCGCAGGAUGACGUCUGUUCUAGUGGCCGCCGUCCCCCGAUCGAGCAGCAAGUGCCUCAGGAAGUGGCCAAUUUGAUAAUGCAUCCUUGCCAACGGCGCUCCUUCCUUUCCUGCUUUAUAACCCCUGUCCAUCACUCCUGGUUCUUGGACUCACACUUGCCAGUGAAGUACUCAUAUGAGGAACCUACACUAAGGCACACUGGUACCACGAGUGGCCCCGAUACCUUGGACCGUAUAGUAUCAGUUUGACCUCUGGAGAUGUUGGAGACUGAAGGUCAGCCACAAGAAAGUGUCAGUCAUGCCAGUAUGAUCAACCGUCAAAAGCCUUGGACGUCAAUGCUGGGUGGCCCUGCAGGUGGCUGUGGGCAAAGUGUUCCUGAUAUUGUUUCCCUCGAGAGUCAAGCAACACAUCGUGGCCAUGAACCGGAAGAACCCCCACUUUUCCUAUGACAACUGGGCCCCAACUCUGUACAGUGUGCAGUAUUUCUGGUUUGUCCUGAAGGUCCGAUGGCAGCGACUCGAGGACAGGACUGAGCCAGGAGGUCUGGCCCCCAACUGCCCCGUGGUCCGGCUCUCAGGACAGAGGUGCAGCAUCUGGGACUUCAUGAAAGGCAACCGGCCAUUGGUGCUGAAUUUUGGAAGUUGUACCUGACCUUCAUUUCUUUUCAAAUUUGACCAGUUCAAGAGACUUAUUGAAGACUUUUGCUCCAUAGCAGACUUUCUCAUCAUCUACAUCGAAGAAGCACACGCAUCAGACGGCUGGGCUUUCAAGAACAACGUGAACAUCAGGAAUCAUCGGAAUCUCCAGGACCGCCUGCAGGCAGCCUGCUUGCUGCUGGACAGGAGCCCCCAGUGCCCUGUGGUGGUAGACACAAUGAAGAACCAAAGCAGCCGGCUCUACGCAGCGCUGCCCGAGAGGCUCUAUGUGCUCCAGGCGGGCAGGAUCCUCUAUAAGGGUAAACCUGGCCCUUGGAACUACCAUCCAGAGGAAGUUCGCGCUGUUCUGGAAAAGCUCCACAGUUAGUCUGGGCAGAUCCCCCAGCCCUAGGUGAUCAGCAGGAGGGCUCCUCAAGUCCUCGCUCUCCCCCCAGCCCAUGUGGCUGUUACCUCUUGACCUGUAUCCCCAGCUGAACUACUAGCUCAGAGCUGUCUGAUCUAGCCGAACAACUGCAGUCAGAAAACGAAGCAGCAAGUGAGCUGAAUGUUAAAGACUGUACAGAAUGUCAAUGCUGCCCCCACGGCAGAGAACACAUUCAUUGCACGUGGUCCCCAUCUCCAGCCACUCUGAUACCAAGUGGUUACAUACGGCAGUCCUCACGUCAGGUAAAUUCAUUCUACCAAAUUUGCCGUUUAUGGAACUGAUCAUCUAAGACACUAAAUUGGUUUUUAGAACCAAGCAUGGGGAGAACUCCUGUUGUGGAGAGAGAGAUGAGGAAUUGAAAGCUGUCGUUCAUUGAUGCGGAAGCUCGUAUUUGAAAUUGUUUCUCUGAUUUCUUUGCAAGUCUCCUAAUGGUCAUUUGUGUUACAUUACAUCAGACUCAUGGAUAACCAUUGGUAUUCAUCUGUUUUAACUCUGCUUCUUUUCACGUUUGUCUAUGACGGCCACAGUCUAAAGUGCACACAGCUGUGACUUGACUUGAACGAAAAUGUUUUAAGAUGCAGUAAAGCUAAUACAGAAUGAUUAAAACAUCUCAGGCUA